AUGAAGUGUCUUGUAGCCCCACAGGGUGAGAAUGUGGCCACUGCCACCCUUGGGGGUCAGGUGGUGACCCCACUUUUCCCCCAACAGAACGGGAACAGUUUCCAUGUGUUGGACCAGGGCCAGUUUGCCAAGGAGGUACUGCCCAAGUACUUCAAGCAUAACAACAUGGCCAGCUUCGUGCGGCAGCUCAACAUGUACGGCUUCCGGAAAGUGGUUCACAUCGAGCAUGGGGGCCUGGUCAAGCCUGAGAAGGACGACACUGAGUUCCAGCACCCAUGCUUCCUGCGUGGCCAGGAGCAGCUUCUGGACAACAUCAAGAGGAAAGUGACCAGUGUGUCUACCCUCAAGAAUGAAGACAUAAAGAUUCGCCAGGAUAGUGUCACCAGACUGCUGACUGAUGUGCAGCUGAUGAAGGGGAAGCAGGAAAGCAUGGACUCCAAGCUGCUGGCCAUGAAGCAUGAAAAUGAAGCCUUGUGGAGGGAGGUGGCCAGCCUGCGGCAGAAGCAUGCUCAGCAACAGAAAGUUGUCAACAAGCUCAUCCAGUUCCUCAUCUCCUUGGUGCAGUCCAACCGGAUCCUGGGGGUGAAGAGAAAGAUCCCCCUGAUGCUGGGCGAUGGUGCGGCCCACCCCAUGCCCAAGUAUGGCCGGCAGUACUCACUGGAGCACGUCCACACCGCGGCCCCAUUGGCAGCCACAUCCCCAGCCUACAGCGGCUCCAGCGUCUUCUCCCCAGACACUAGCUCCGGCCCCAUCAUUUCUGACAUCACGGAGUUGGUUCCUGCCGGCCCCUUGCCCGUCAGCCCUUCACCUGUCUCUGGCAGAAGUAUUGACGAGAGGCCCCUGUCCGGCAGUGCUUGGGUGCACGUCAAAGAGGAGCCGCCCAGCCCCCCUCAGAGCCCACAGGUAGAGGUGGUGAGCCCUGGGCCACCAUCCUCUGAGGUGGACACACCCCUGUCCCCAACUGCCCUCAUCGAUUCCAUUCUGCGGGACAGCGAACCCACUACCACCCCCUCAGCCACCCAGCCUGCACAGGAAGGGGACCACAACCCCACGCCCCUGCCUGCCUCAGCCCCAGAGAAGUGCCUCAGCGUGGCCUGCCUGGACAAUUGGCCCCACGCUCCACAGAUGUCUGGGGCCACUCGCUUCUACCCCUGCCUCUCCUCUCUGCGUGGCUCAGUCCAACCAGGGAACGAGCUCAGUGACCACCUGGACGCCAUGGACUCCAACCUGGACAACCUGCAGACCAUGCUGAGCAGCCAUGGCUUCAGUGUGGACACCAGCGCCCUGAUGGAUCUUUUCAGCCCUUCAGUGACUGUCCCGGACAUGAGCCUGACGGACCUGGACAGCAGCCUGGCCAGCAUCCAGGAGCUGCUUACCCCCCAGGAGCCUCCCAGACCUCUGGAGGCUGAGGGCAGCAGCCAGGACUCAGGAAAGCAGUUGGUGCACUACACAGCACAACCCCUGUUUCUGGUGGACCCUGGACCCGUGGACAUGGGGGGCAGUGACCUGCCUGUGCUCUUUGAGCUGGGGGAUGGUUCCUACUUCUCCGAGGGAGACGACUGCACAGAAGACCCAACCAUCUCCCUGCUGACGGAGUCAGAGCCUCCCAAGGCCAAGGACGCCACCACCUCCUAG